AUGUCCGGUCCUCCACCUCCUACCGCCCCUGCCCCUGCUCCCGCGUCGAACAGCUCUUACACCCGCGACGGGAAUUAUCACGCGCCUCGGCGCUUGAGCUCGAGGAGCUGGAACGUUCGCCGGGGAGACCGGGGAAUAUCAGGGAAUCCCUGGUUGGGUUGCGAUGGAUCGUUGGAUGGGUCAGAUGGGAAUGAACUCGAGAGCACGGACGGCGACUUAGAGAAUAGGCAGACCUAG